GUCAGCACGGAGAGGCGCGGCCUGAACUGUCGGUCUUCACAGAGGUGACCUCUCCUCGGUGUAGUCCUCCUCAGAGCUCUCAGUGACAACAUCUCCUGCUUCGCCUCCUUCUCGUCCUCUUCUAAGAUGGUUGACCCAAUCCGAGUGGUGGUGACGGGCGCCGCGGGCCAGAUCGCCUACUCGCUGCUCUACAGCAUCGCCAAGGGAGAUGUGUUUGGAAAGGAGCAGCCCAUCAUCCUGGUCCUGCUGGACAUCCCGCCCAUGCUGCCCGUGCUGGACGGCGUGGUCAUGGAGCUGCAGGACUGCGCUCUGCCGCUGCUGAGGGAGGUCAUCCCCACUGACAAAGUGGAGGUGGGCUUCAAGGACAUCGACGCCGCCAUCUUGGUGGGCUCCAUGCCCAGGAAGGAGGGCAUGGAGAGGAAGGACCUCCUGAAGGCCAACGUGGCCAUCUUCAAGACCCAGGGCGCCGCUCUGGACAAGGUGGCCAAGAAGACGGUCAAGGUUCUGGUGGUGGGGAACCCGGCCAACACCAACUGUCUGAUCGCCUCCAAGUCGGCUCCUUCCAUCCCCAAGGAGAACUUCUCCUGCCUGACCCGGCUGGACCACAACAGGGCCUCCUCUCAGGUGGCCAUACGUUGUGGCGUGUCCUCCGACAAGGUGAAGAACGUCAUCAUCUGGGGGAACCACUCGUCCACUCAGUACCCUGACGUCCAUCACGCCAAGGUGGACGUGCACGGCUCCCAGAUGUCGGCCUACGACUGCGUGAAGAACGACGCCUGGCUCAGGGGAGACUUCAUCUCUACGGUGCAGCAGCGCGGUGCCGCCGUCAUCAAGGCCAGGAAGUUGUCCAGCGCCAUGUCUGCUGCCAAGGCCAUCUGUGACCACAUGAGGGACAUCUGGUUUGGCACCAAGGAGGGCGACUUUGUGUCCAUGGGCGUGUACGCGGGAGGAAACUCUUACGGCAUUCCAGAGGACCUCAUCUACUCCUUCCCUGUCCAGAUCAAAAACAAGACCUGGAAAGUGGUGGACGGACUCGCCAUCAACGACUUCUCCCGGGCUAAGAUGGACGCCACGGCAGCUGAGCUGGUGGAAGAGCGAGACACCGCCCUGGACUUCCUGGGCCAGUGACUGGCGCCCCCUGCUGGCCGUCCCCUCUGCGCCCGGCUAUAAAAACCCAAGCCUGCCACCAUCUUCCUUCCAACAUACCACGUCUGUGUGUGUGUGAGUGUGUGUGUGUGUGUGUGUGUCAGACAUGUCCAUCAGAAACAAAAUGGCGGCCGGCAGACAUUGAUGUUAGAAGCACUCACAAGUGAUCCACAACAAUAAAACUGAAGCAGAACA